AUGGUUUCUCAUAAUGAAAAAGUGGAGAAUGAAGAAAAAUUAGUGGGUGAGGAGCAUGGAUCGUGUGAAGAUGAAGUCCAAGGGCAAGGAGAGAUCGAAAUUGAGAGCGAGGAUACAUUGAAGAGAGAAGCUGCUCUUGUAGUAGAGGAUCUCAUGAAAGUUAGCGUGAAUCCUAUUAUGGUUACUGGUGAUAAUUGGAGAACUGCUCAGGUUGUUGUUAAGGAGGUUGGCAUUAUAGAUGUUAGGGCAAAAGUGUUGCCUAUAGGAAAAGCUCAUGUUAUUCUAUCAUUCCAGAAAGGUGGAAAAAUUGUUGGAGAAGGAGAAAUUAAUGCCUUAAUUGAAAAAGAUGAAAAUAGACCCUUUGUAAAUGAAGAGAAAAAUUUUGAGGAGGAACUGAAGCCAAAUGAUUUGAUUCCCGAUGAAGAUACCACAUAUGAGUCUGAAGAAGAGCACAAUAAGGCAUAUGCCAUCUUGCACUACUUGCAUAAUCCAAGGGUAGUGAAGAGAAUGGUGCAGUCCACUCAAGCAGUUCUAGUUGUUUCUUCAACAGCAUCUCAAAGUUCUCAGCCAUCACUUCUGGGUCCUUCCUUGUCGCCACCACUUUAUUAUGGUGGAAGUCUACAAUUAGGAAUGGAAUUCACUCAAGUUAGAAGCUUGAAGCAAACACAUAGAGGAUUUCCAUGGAUGCCUGGUUUACCUAAGAAUACAUCAUGA